AUAUUUCAUCAUAACUGCAGGACGAUGCGGGCCGUGAGGCGAGCAGGCAUUUCAGAACAACAACGAAGCAUAAACUCUAGUAAAAAAAUACGUGGUAAUAAAUACCCUAGAAUUUAAUGCAAUUAUGCACCUACCAACUAUAACACCAUGUCGAUUGUCCAAAUAACUUCCAAAAUGUUAGGAAUGCAUUUUGCAUUCAAUUAUAUGCAUUAAAUAUUAUAUGCAAUACAUCUUAUGCAUUAAAUAUGCUUAAUCGUGUGGCGGUGAGUGCGAUGCUCUGUGUGUAACAUGACUCAGAGCGUCACCGGCGGAAGGUCACGGAGCAGAGAGCCCGACGGAAGCGGGACUCAAAGCCUCUCCGCCAUUGUGGAACAUGGUACAGGAGAUCUCAGUAAAGCACUACUCGGUUUUACGUUAGCGAUAGACCACGUAGCUUCUCCCGACGCGUUUGGACCCGCUGAGAACACACAGUCUGCCAUCGGAGUACGGUAAAGCCCCUCGCUGCUGCCAGCUCCGACGACGGGCGGAGAACCGGAGAACGAGCCGCCACCGAGCCGCCAGAGAGCCGAGCCGCGCUAGGGAAGCACCGGAGCGCCCAGCAGGAUACACCGGGGACAGGCGGAGCAGCGAUCGGGUUUGGUUCCUGGAGGAUGUCCGCUACAACAGUCGACCCGAGACCGAAGGGACAAGGAAAUAAAGUGCAAAACGGAUCAAUGCAUCAAAAGGAUGGUGUGAACGAUGAUGACUUUGAGCCAUACCUAAGUGGUCAGACAAAUCAGAGCAACAAUUACCCUCCAAUGUCCGACCCUUACAUGCCCGGCUACUAUGCUCCCUCCAUCGGCUUCCCCUACUCCCUGGGAGAGGCCGCUUGGUCCACCGCCGGGGACGCGCCCAUGCCCUACCUCACCACCUACGGCCAGAUGAGCAACGGUGAACCCCACUACAUCCCCGACGGCGUGUUCGGCCAGCCGGGCGCCCUGGGCAACACCCCCCCCUUCCUGGGCCAGCACGGCUUCAAUUUCUUCCCGGGUAGCGCAGACUUCUCCACCUGGGGCACCAGCGUGUCGCAGGGCCAGUCCACGCAGCAGAGCUCGGUGUACAGCAACAGCUACGGCUAUGCCCCCAGCUCCCUGGGCCGGGCCAUCGCCGACGGCCAGGCGGGCUUCAGCAGCGACACGCAGCUGAGCAAGGUCCCCGUGCUGAACAGCAUGGAGCAGGGCAUGGCGGGGCUGAAGCUGGGCGCCGACAUGGGGGCGGCCGUCACCAAGACCGUGGGCUCCCCGCUCGCCGCCGCCGCUGGCAUGAGCAGCAUGGCUGCCAACGCCGUCCCCCAGUCCGUCAGCUCCUCCGCGCCCAAGCCCGCCUCCUGGGCUGCCAUCGCCAGGAAGCCGGCCAAGCCCCAGCCCAAGGUCAAACCCAAAGCCAACAUGGGGAUGGGCUGUGGUGCGGCCAUCCCCCCUCCCCCCAUCAAGCACAACAUGAACAUUGGCACCUGGGACGAUAAGGGCCCCCUGGGUAAGGCCCCGAUGGCCCAGGCCAUGAUGCCCCCCCAGACCAUGGUGCAGCAGCCCCUCAUGGCCCAGCACCAGCCGCUGCUGCAGAGCCCUCUGCCUCCACAGCACCCUCAUCAGCACCAACAUCAGCACCAGCACCAACACCAACACCAGGCUUACCACCUCCAGUCUCUACAGUCCCCCCAGCACCCCCAGGCUCUGCCCCCCGGUCCCCCCCACUCCCACCCCCAUCCCCACGCCCAUCCCCACUCCCACCCCCACGCCCACCUCUCCUCCCAGGCCGGCCCGCCCCAGGCCCUCCAUCAGCACCACCCACAGCAGCACCACCCUCAACAGCACCACCCACAGCAACACCACCCACAGCAGCAACACCACCACCAACAGCAGCAGCAGCAGCAGCACCACCAACAGCAGCAGCAGCAGCACCACCAACAGCAGCAGCAUCAUCAUCAGCAGCAGCAGCAGCAGCAGGGCCCUCCCCCGAACCGCUGGGUGGCCCCCAGAAACCGGGGCGCCACGUUCAACCAGGGCCCCGGGGCGGAGGGCUUUGCCGGCAUGGGCGGCGUGGCUAUGAGCGCCCCCCCAUGCUCCAGCGGAGAAGUGCACCCGGUGCUGGAGAAGCUGCGCACGCUCAACAACUACAACCCCAAAGACUUUGACUGGAGCCUGAAGAACGGCCGCGUGUUCAUCAUCAAGAGCUACUCGGAGGACGACAUCCACCGCUCCAUCAAGUACUCCAUCUGGUGCAGCACGGAGCACGGCAACAAGCGCCUGGACGGGGCCUACCGCUCGCUGGGCGGCAAGGGGCCCCUCUACCUGUUGUUCAGCGUAAACGGCAGCGGCCACUUCUGCGGAGUGGCGGAGAUGCGCUCAGCCGUGGACUACAACGCCUAUGCCGGCGUCUGGUCGCAGGACAAGUGGAAGGGCAAGUUCGAGGUGCGGUGGGCGUUCGUCAAGGACGUUCCCAACAACCAGCUGCGACACAUUCGCCUGGAGAACAAUGACAACAAGCCGGUGACCAACUCCAGGGACACACAGGAAGUGCCUCUGGAGAAGGCCAAGCAGGUGCUUAAAAUUAUCGCCACCUUCAAGCAUACCACCUCAAUCUUUGAUGACUUUGCACACUACGAGAGUCGCCAGGAGGAAGAGGAGGCUCUGAGGAGGGUGAGGAACACGAGCGGAGCCGGAAUAAACAGUAACCUUCAAGCUGGACGCUCUCUACUAGAACUGCAACUCAUAUGGACGUAGGACCUUAUAUAAUUCGCCCAACCGGAACGGAGGGCGGGCUUUCUCUCUUUCUCCCUCUCUCUCUCUCUCUCUCUCUCUCUCUCACACUCUGUCUCUCUGUCUCUGUCUCUCUGUCUCUCUCUCUGUCUCUAUAUGUGCUUUUUGUUGACCAUGUGUCUGAACACCACCGUGAAUGGACUCGUAUGUUAGAGUUGAGCGGUGCAUCGAAUAGGUCCGUGUCUCCUCUUCUCCCUCCCCACCCCCACUGUCCCACUAAGAAGAAAACUUCGUAACCCCCCCCCACACACACACGUUAGGUUGUUUGUCUCUAAAGCACUUUUUUUUUGUUUUCAGUUGGGUCAUCAUUAAUAACCUCUCAAAUUACCCCCAUAAUUUCUCUAACUUUGUCUUCUUAUCUUCUUUACUUAUAUUUGUGAUUAACUGACUAACCAAGCGUAGUCAGAACAUUUCGCUAGUUAUUUGUAUUAUUAUUUUUUUCUUCUUCGUUUUAUUAAUGCCUCAAAAAAAAUUAAGUCUGGGAUGCUAUUGGUGAAGUGAAUCUUCUAUGGAAGGGAUUUAAGAUGACCUGUCUAAAUAAAGCCUACUUGAAUCUGUA